GUUAGAGUAAACAUGGCUUAGAAAGAAUACACAAGAAGCUACAGUAGAGGAGAAAGAAUAUGUCUCAUAUGUUAAACAGCAAUGACACAGAAAUAGUCCCUAGAACAAACACUUCCCAGAGAUAUCUAGAACACCAGUGUUGACAUUUGUACGUCCAAAACAGAGACAGGCAGAUAUGAGCUUUAUCUUCGUUACCUGUGAUAAUAAUUAAUUAGACUUACCUGUGCAGCAGAUGCAACAGGUGAAAAAAAAAGGAGGAGGCAUUAGAGGAUUGACAAAAUGUCAGUGUUGCAAUGUGUUAGGAACCUGUCCCUGGGCCGAAGGACUCUGCUUGCUCAGGGAGGUUGGACUAAUGGGGGACAGAACAAAUUUCUGGCAGUGUUAGGGGGGAGAGAUUGGAGGAAUUACUCAGAGACAACCUUGGAUGCACCCCUAGCUCUGCCCUCUAGUGCCAGGGUGGUGGUUUGUGGAGGGGGUGUGAUUGGGACAUCAGUGGCCUAUCACCUGGCCAAGGCAGGAUGGACAGAUGUGGUGCUAUUGGAGCAGGGACAGUUGACGGGAGGGACCACAUGGCAUUCAGCUGGACUGAUAUCUCAGGCCAGAGAGGACGUAUCCACCUCCAAACUCAUGAGAUACGGCAGAAAACUGUACCAAGAGCUGGAGGCAGAGGGCCACAAUCUCAGUUUUAAGCAGUGUGGUAGUUUAAUGUUGGCACAGACAAAAGACCGACUGAUAUAUCUACAGCGUAGGAGUCAGAUUGCUAUAGCCGCUGGGAAUGAAAGUCACAUUAUUACACCUCAAGAGGCCAAGAAAAUUUGUCCUUUGAUAAGAAUUGAUGACUUGGAGGGGGCUUUAUGGAUACCAGAGGAUGGUGCUCUAACUGCCCCAGAUUUGGCCCUGACUUAUGCUUCCAUUGCAAAGGAAUUGGGUGUGAAGGUAUUUGAGAGGGUAGCUGUGGAUAAAGUUGUGGCCAAUAAGAGAGUUGUCUCCCAUGUGGAAACCUCUGCUGGUAAAAUUGACUGUGAAUACUUUGUCAACUGUGGGGGAAUGUGGGCUCAUAGUCUUGGGAAGAAAUCUAAACCUGAAGUCAAAGUCCCUCUCCAUCCCUGUGAGCAUUUCUACAUCACGACCAAACCUAUAGAGGGCAUGGAUCCCAUGAUGCCAGUGGUGCGGGAUUAUGAUGGACUGACCUACUUUAGGGAGUGGAGUGGAGGGAUUCUAGCAGGGGGCUUUGAACCUGUGGCAAAACCAGCAUUCCUUAAUGGCAUUCCAAAAGAUUUCCAGUUUGGGCUACUUCCUGAUGACUGGGAUCAUUUCCAGGUGCUGUUGGAUCCCAUCCUUCACCGCAUGCCUGUGAUGGAAGAUGCAAAUGUCCAUAAGAUGUUCAACGGUCCUGAGAGUUUUACACCAGAUGGCCACUGGAACCUAGGGGCUGCUAGUGAGAUCAAUAAUUACUAUGUAGCUGCUGGGAUGUGUUCCAUGGGAAUCGCGGGAUCUGGCGGGAUCGGGAAGUACAUGACAGAAUGGAUCAUGGAGGGAAUGCCCAGUAUAGACCUGUCAAGUCACGAUAUCCUCAGACACGUCCCACAUCACAACAAUCCCAAGUUCCUGGCAGAGAGGGUCAAAGAAACACUGAGUAUGUACACUCUGAGAUACCCCAAUGAGCAGCGUUACAGAGGAAGAAAACUCAGAACAUCACCAUUACACACAAGAUUGGAAGUACAAGGUGCUUGCUUUGGAGAAACCAAUGCCUACGAGAGACCCAUGUGGUUCACAAAUUCAAAUGAUGACUACCUCCAUGAUCAGUACAACAUAGAGAAGGGGAAUAGAACUUUUGGGAAGCCAUCUUGUUUUGACAAUGUGAGGGAUGAGUACUGGGCUUGUAAGGAAAAUGUCUGUCUGAUUGACAUGUCAUCCUUCACCAAAACAGAGGUCAAGUCCAAGGGACCAGAAGCUCUGCAAUUUCUGCAGUACCUGAGUUCAAACAACAUUGAACAGCCUAUUGGUACCAUUAUACACACCGGUAUGCAAAAUAAAUUUGGAGGGUAUGAAAAUGACUGCACCAUUGUUCCUAUGGAGAAUAAUACGUUCUUCAUGAUCUCACCAACUUCUCAACAGACCAGGUCAUUGAACUGGUUACUGAGACAUCGGCCAGCAGAUGGCUCUGUAGAAAUCCGUGAUGUCACUUCCGGGUAUGCAGGGAUCAAUGUGAUUGGUCCUCAUGCUCCUCAGCUGCUAAAUGAUGUGUCAGGGGUCAAAACCUCCAGGCAAGAGUUCAAACAGAUGACCUGUAAGGUGAUAGACGUUGGUUUUGCCAGCAAUAUCAUUGCUAUGAGGCUCACUCACUCAGGGGAGGAUGGCUUUGUGCUGUACGUUCCAUCAGAGUAUGGUUUACAUGUGUAUGAAACCUUGGUGAAAGCAGGAAAAGACUAUGGGAUUCGUGACGCUGGGUAUUACGCACUCCGUGAGCUACGGAUAGAGAAAUUCUAUGCUUAUUGGGGAUCUGACCUCACAACCCACACCACCCCCUUGGAGAGUGGCAGAGAAUUCAGGGUAGCAUUUGAGAAGGGAGAUUUCAUCGGAAAGGAAGCUCUUCUGAAACAGAGAGAGAACGGGAUCAGCCAAAGAUUUGCUCAAUUCUUCUUAAAUGACUUUGAUUAUGAGACCGAUGUGUGGCCAUGGGGUGGGGAACCAAUCUAUCGCAAUGGCAAAUACUGUGGUACCAUUACAUCCACCGGUUAUGCCCACACGUUGGAACGAAUGACGUGUCUGGGUUUUGUCACAGACUAUGACAGUGAGGGAAAGAGGGUCUUACACAAGGCCAUGCAUGACUUUAUUCUGGAUAAAUCAGCCAAGUACGAGAUAGCCAUUGCUGGGAAGAAAUUCCCUGCAGAGGUCAACUUGUACACAAAACAAGCUGUGUAUCAGAACGGAGAACCAGUUUUUAUUCCCGCACCAAAACGUUGAAGAAAUUAACCAGUGAUCCUUCUUCGGUGAAACUAUUCCUGUAAUAAAAAAAUCCAUGUGAUACCUCAGUCACUGCUGUUUUAGUGUUACAUUGUUUUUUAACCAGAGACAAUUCAUGUUCCUAUGAUUAUUUGUAAUAAUAUUUUUUUUUGCUGUAUAGGUUGUAUACAUGUAUUGAUUCAAGCUAUAAUUAUUUACAGUAUGCGUUGAAUCUAUAUACUGGCAAUAAAAGAACGUUACAGCAAGUUUUGUUAUAAGGAUGUUAUGUACUGAGUGAGCAACUGUGUAUAAGAUUUGUUUGUUUAAACAAUGUCUGUUAUUUGAUUUUCUGAUGAUUAAAUCAUUCCUGUAAAGUUUGCCAUUUUAUUA